CCAUUGAUCGAUUGCCUCCUCCGACCCACACCACCAUCCAUCCACAACGGAGGGGGCGCUGCCCACCCAUCCCGGCGAUCGAACGGCCACACGGACGGCGGCGACGACCCCUUCCUCCGAACCAUUGCACGCUCCGUCGGUGCCGAGAGAAGGGCACCGGUCGGCGUAGCUAGCCUCCCCUAAGGUCCGACGGCCGCGGUCUCAACCCCGGCCGUCGGCGCAGUACACACAUUGAUCGUUCGUGCGUGGAGAGGCUACCAUGGCGUUGGGUCUCCGGGAAGGCGGCGCCGGCGAGCUGCGGGGCAAGGAGGGCGGUGACGGCGCCACGGGGGCGGCGUCGGCGUACCGCUACGCCGCGACCGACUCGUUCGCCUACGAGGGCAUGCCGCCGCCGGCGCAGCAGAUGGACCGGCAGCCGGCCGUGGUGCUCGGCUCGGAGGGGGUGCACGACGACGGCCGGAUCCCGGCGUCGGUGUUCGAGCGGGACAUGUCGGAGCCCGGCAAGGACUGGAGCAUGAUGUCCACCGAGUCGGUGUUCGGGCUCCAGGUCGCGCCCUCCUGCGACUUCACCGGCUACUUCCUCUCGCACCCGGAGCUCAUGGACAUCGCCACGCCGCCCCGCGACAGCUCCGCCGCCCCCGCCGAAGCCGCGUCCCCGCCGCCGCGGAACUUCGACACCAUCCCGGAGCUCGGCGACGCCGCCCCGAGCUACUCCUUCGCCUUCCCCAACUUGAUGGAGGACAAGAGGUACAGCUCCAAGAAAGCCCAGCAGUUCCGUGAGCUGCCGCCGACGCCGAAGACGGCGCCGUCGGGGGAGCUGGCAGGGGAGACGGCGGCGCCCGAGGAGGCCACGAGCGGCAAACCGGAAGCGGAGCCGGAGCAAGAAGCGCCCAAGGGCGGCAUUUUCUCGUGGCUGCCAUGCUGCUCUUGAUACACACGACGUUAGUGCAGUGGAUCGCUGGCGGCGACCGGCAGGCAGGGGAUCAUCGAUCUUGUCCCGACGGAGAGGGCGACGGAGAGGACGACGGUAAUCCGGCGCCUUGAGCGCACCAGUCAGAAAAAUGGCGGCACGAGACAGGAAAGGAAGUAUGAAAUUAUGAAUCGAUUGAAGGACAAAAACACAAUCAGAACUACUGUUUUUUUCUUUGCCCCUUAGUUGCCUUGUAAUAGACUGCUUUCCUUUUUGGUCACAAAUGUUGUCCACAACGAUUAAUUUGAGAUUUCUGUGAAUCAUCCAUUGAGCAUUUCUGAAUGUAUAGUAUAACCAGAGAGCAAAACAUGUUAAAUUCACGUGACGAAAAAGAAUUUUAGUGGCGAGAAAGAUGUUAAAUUCAUGUAAGGUAACCGUUCCUAACUGGAUGCAUUCUCUAUGCAAAAGAAACUCCUUGCACAAUACAGAAAUCAGCAGAAAAUGCUACUAUCAGAUUCAUCACCGUUUCACGACACCCAUAAAAAUACAAGGUCGAUUGCUUUGACUGAAAUGACGCG